GGAUACAAGGUUUAUAGUCCAAGUGACAAUGACCACAGGCAAUAAACAAUAAGUUGUCAUGUCCUCGUACACUAUUUAUUCCUUUUUCAGAUUUAUUAUAAAUCUGUUAGACAUGCCACGUGCAAAAUGGCAGCCAUAAAACAGAUAUGUAUAGUAAUAGGCGUAUUAUUUUUCUUUUGCAUUAUUUACAUGAUCAUUACUAGUCCUGGAUCAAUACCUGAUGACACAAAAUUUGAAACGGGUACUUUAUCUGAUACAACAGACAUGAAGAUCAAAGAUUCAAAACCUAACACUCAACAAAACUUAAACGUGAGAAAGAUUGAAAGACGUAAUAUUUGUGUUUGGAGUCACGACCUGUUAGGAGUUUGGCAUCCAAGAAUGGAUAUUUGUAAAAGUGUUCAUAAGGAUACGGUGACUACAUUGGUGACACCGUUUGGUAAUCUUCCAAUUCACGUGCACGACCCACAGAAGGAUAUAUGGGUUUCUAGAAGGAUUAUAAAUACUGGAAGUUUUGAUAAAGACAAAAUUUUAACUAUCUCAAAGUUUAUGGAAUCAGAUCCAACUUUAAACUUCAUAGAUAUUGGCGCAAAUUUGGGAACAUACUCGCUAUCAUUUGCUAAACUGGGAAGAAAGGUUAUUGCUAUUGACGCUUUAAAUCUAAAUGUACAAAAAUUAUGUGCAUCUGUGAACCAAUCACACUUCGAAGAUGUUUAUCUGAUUAUGAAUGCAGUUUCGUCAAGACACGAAACUGUUAGUCUAGGAGCAGACGAUAAAAACUUUGGCGGAACUUUCAUUGAUCAAAACGCAGACUAUAUAAAAUCAGUGAAAGGCAAAACUGUUUCUGGAAGACAUUACAGUAAUAUUUCUACAAUAGUAUUAGAUGAUCUCUUGACACUUCCUUUUAUUAAUUUAUUUCCAAGAGUAUUCAUUAAAAUGGACAUUGAGGGAUUUGAGCAUAAGGCUUUAGAAAGAGCAUAUCAGUUUUUUGACAAAAUAUUUGUUCAAGGUAUACAGAUAGAAUGGAUCUUUCAUCGAAACAAAUCUUCGGGACAAAUCAUUGUAAACUUUCUAGAGCAACAUUCGUUUAUUCCUUACAAUCCAAAGGACUUGCGACAACUUCGGAAGUCAAGUAUGGGCAACUGGCCUACACAAGAUGUAAUUUGGCUACGUAAAUAAUGUUGAAACUUUAAGAAAAUUGUUUAUAUUGUCUCAAUUUUGUUAAAUUAGAAUAAAGAAUGUUUCAGUUGUUUUUAAAUUCAAUUGCUGAAUUAUCAAUUUUUGCAAUAUAAUAAAAUUGUUCGACUUCUCCAUA